AUGACACACCAGCUUGCACUUAGACAGGACGAGGCCAGGUUGGAGACAAGCGUCUCGACCUUCCUUCAGGACCCAGCCGAAUGGAAGAGCCGCCUCAACAGGAUUGCCUACAAGGGAAUCAACUGGACCGAUCUGGACCACUGGCUCUGGAUUCUUGGGGCCGAGGACACAGAUGCCAAGGUCGAGAGGUUCAUUUCUACAGACCGCCAUAAGCCAAUAUUUUUGCUUAUGGCAAUCCUGAGGACAGACGAACACAUGCGCAAGGGCUCAUCAUUAGUGAGCCUGUAUGAUUACAUCGCGAGGACCUACUUCCGGUCGGAUCCCAUAUUCCGGCAAGAACUCCCUAAAGGAGCACUGCGGCGUUCGUUGGACGACGCUUUCAACAUGACACCAACGCAUUUUAUGCUCUUAAUUAAGCGAGUGGUGCACCACUGCCUGAAAACGUGGCCUUCGUCUAUAGUCACAAUCGCCAGGUUGGUAGUCAGCUACUUGCGGACCAUCCCAGCCGACGCUACGCCCAACAAACCCAAUCGCCGCACAGGCUAUGCGCACCAGUGCAGAAUAUUCAACCAUGCACUAUGCAGCUUUCGCAGAGUCUCAUCUCUCAGUCCACUAGACAACCUACAGUACAACUGGAAAGCGCAGAAAAUCUUGCUGGGCUUCUCUGCCGGCCUGCGCCGCCCGCUGGUCAUCAAUAGGUGGAGUUACAGGGCCAUCAGGGUCGUGUUGCUCGGGUUGAAGAAGUCACAAGCAGAGAAGAGAACUGCUGUUCGCCAUGCAAAGACCUGGCCGCCGUACAGGAAACGAUUGGAUGGCACAGAGGAGAGAGAGGACCCCGAGCAGUGGCUCAGCAGAAGCGUCAGGGCCGGCAUCCUCAAGAGACAAGAGGGAUAUUCCGAUAGCACGUUGGACCAUGCGCUUGACUCUCUAGGCGGAGCCGCCCUGCAGGAUUCCAUCACAGUGCAGACACGCUCGGGAGCACCAAGAGUCUGGUCUGGAAAUCGCAUGUCAUUGUCGGUCUUCUCGGCUUGGGCUGCCAAUGUGAAGGCGACCCGAAACGCGUACGAGGCCUGGCAAAUGUGUCAAGAACCACCACUGCCCAAUCUCAAACCCAAUUUCCAGGUUUACGCCGAGAUGUUCUCGAAGCUUUUCUCCGCGGAGAUCGACUACACGUCUUCGAUUCUUCCAGGAGCCGCCAAGGAGGUCUUUCCGCCGCACCAUGUGAAUCUCACAGAGUUUGAACGCGAGCGGUUGCGUCCGUUGUCUGUGGAUGAGCUGUACGAGAGGAUGCUGAGGGAUGGAAAUAGACCAGUCAAGCACUGUCUCACCCUACUAGUCCGUAACGCGUCGACAGUGGAGAAGGCUGCACAGUACCUUCUUGACAGUCCUCUGGACAAACGAGCUGUCGAGGACAUGACGAAAGCACUCAACCCUAUCUACGACAGCCUGAAGCAGAUUCCCGUACGCGUCUUUCAUGCCUACGUAGGGCUGCUUUGCUCCCGACAAGCGCGUCGGCGAUGGGCCCACAACCCCAACGCCGCGAAACACCAGCCGCAACCACAAGUCCUCGCGAAGUACGAUCAUUUGAAGCGGGCAAUCCAGCUUGUGUGCACUCGCUCGGGGCCAAGGAGGGCUCCAGCGCCAGCGCCCUGGCACACGGUCAUGCAAGCGUUGGCCCACCGCAAACUCGUUCUCAGGCCCUGGUGUAGCCAGGAGGAAGACAAUGUGGAGGCCUUGAGGACGAUGCUGUCGCUCUUUGACGCUUAUAAAAUGAGUGAAGGCCUACAUCCCAUUCCUUUCGACUGCCUCGCCCGUUGUACCUGGAAAGCCCUCGGAGAUGAAGGGACAGCUUGUGGGCCGGCAAAGAAUGCGCAGGAGCUCAUCGCAACUGCCCACCAGACUCUCAAGUCCACGCUGAGGGAGCUGACAUCGCCGGUUCAGGCGCCCAGCGACAGCGUUGCGGAGUCUCUACCUCCCCUGUACCACGAGCUCAGCGCGGCGCACAUCCAGACGUACCUGGAGACGCUGGCGCGACUGGGAGAUGUCGACGAGGCGGUUCAGCUCAUCGAGUGGGUGCUGACGUCGUGGGACCAGAACUCUGCCAUCCUGGAGCACGCGAGGGAUCCGGACCACAAGCAGUGGGCGAUGCUGGGCGAGGCGUUUGUCUGCUUCCGGGCGUUUGCAGAGGGGCGUGUCUCGGACGAGAUCAUGAGCAGGAUCGAGGCGAGGUUCGAGGAGCUCAAAGGCAAGGGCUCGACUUGGUUAUGGCCGCAGGACGAAGAUGUUUACGAGUAUGUCGAGGGAAAACGUGGGCACGGUCGAGCAGGGUCGAAUGGGCAGGGAGAGUAUGUGUACGAGAGAUGA